CAUUCACGCAUCCGUGUGUCUUCCCUCUUCCCCGAAUCCUCUCAAAAUUCCCUCCCGAACCUUUCCCCUUUUACCCUUUAAACCCUACCCCUCCCCCUGAACGCAUCUACAGGGUCGGUUCAGAAGAUUUAAUUUUGGUGACCAAAGAGUUGAAGACAAGACCAGGAAGACCUCCAGAGUGCAGGGAUGGACUCCAGUGUGAUUGAAGGAGGACUCAACGUCACUCUAACCAUCAGGCUACUCAUGCAUGGCAAAGAGGUUGGGAGUAUUAUAGGCAAGAAAGGGGAAUCAGUGAAGAAGAUGAGAGAGGAGAGUGGUGCCCGUAUCAACAUCUCUGAAGGGAACUGCCCGGAGAGAAUCAUCACUCUCUCUGGCCCCACCACCGCCAUCUUCAAAGCCUUUUCCAUGAUCAUCGACAAACUGGAGGAGGACAUCAGCAGUUCCAUGUCCAACAGCACGGCCACAUCCAAACCUCCAGUGACGCUGCGGAUCGUGGUCCCAGCCAGCCAGUGUGGCUCGCUCAUCGGCAAGGGCGGCUGUAAGAUUAAAGAAAUCCGAGAGUCAACGGGUGCUCAGGUGCAAGUGGCGGGAGACAUGCUGCCUAACUCCACAGAGAGAGCCAUCACCAUUGCCGGAACCCCGCUGUCAAUCAUUGAGUGUGUCAAACAGAUCUGUGUGGUCAUGCUAGAGUCUCCUCCUAAAGGUGUGACCAUCCCGUAUAGACCCAAACCCUCAGGUUCGCCUGUCAUCUUUGCUGGAGGACAGGCAUAUGCGGUGCAGGGACAACAUGCCAUUCCCCAACCUGAUCUCACAAAACUUCACCAGUUGGCUAUGCAGCAGAGCCCAUUUCCUCUGGCCCCCAGUAGCCAAGGUUUUACAGCUGGAAUGGACGCUACUGCACAGACUGGCUCUCAUGAACUGACCAUUCCUAAUGACUUAAUUGGCUGCAUCAUUGGCCGUCAGGGUGCCAAGAUCAAUGAGAUUCGUCAGAUGUCUGGAGCUCAGAUAAAGAUUGCCAACCCUGUGGAGGGCUCUACAGACCGCCAAGUCACCAUCACAGGUUCUCCAGCCAGCAUCAGCCUGGCUGAGUACCUCAUCAACGCCAGGCUUUCCUCUGAGGCUACAGGACUGGCGGCUAACUGACCCGCUGACAUAAAGCAUCUCCACUAGCAACUCACCCCUUUUUACU